CGAAACGAAGGGAGCGAGAGCCUGGGGUCACGAAUGCAUCAAUGCUCAGUCCUGGCUCGACCACGCCACCGGCCACCCUAUCGCCCGGUAGGCACCAGAAAGUUGGCAAAACCACGGCCCAUGGCAGCUGGCUGCGCAGAUCGCAGCGCUGGCCCGCCGCUCUCGGCAGAGGCCUCCUCGCUGGCGUUGUGGGGUUCCGCCGCCGCUGGCGAAGACCUUGCCGCCAUGCCGCCCGCCACCAGCUUGGCGGGCCCACCAACGCCGCGUUCGGCACCCGCGCUCGCCGCUGUCGGCACGGCGGUCGCACAGCCGGUGGCGGAGCGCCUGGGCCCGCUGAAGUGCCCGACGAACUUCAAGGGUGGCGUCUGGGGCCUGCUGGGGGGGGCGUUCUCGUUCAUGUGCGUGGUCAGGAUGGACGGCUUCGGCCACUGGUCCCGCGUGUUCGAUUUCUCCCUGGAGGCGGACGACGACAGCAUCACGGCUGGGGCCAUCGAGCUCACCCAGGACCUGCAUUUCACCAUCUUCCGGGGUAGAAUGCCUUUCUCUGUGCGCGCGGACAAUUUCUUCGAGCCAGGGCGUGAAUUCACGAUGCUGUGCACGGUAACGGCGUCGGGACACAUGAAGGUUUUCAAGAACGGCGUUCUCGUGGGCGAGAACCCGCGCGGGAUGGCCCCUCUGCUCACCCCGAGGCCGCGCAUGGUCGUGGGCGGCCACUUCAAGUUCCGAGACCAGUGCUUUCGCGGCAGCCUGCGGGACGUGCAGAUCUGGGACCGGGCGAUCUCUUGGGCAGACGCCGCGCGCUGUCGAGUCCACGUCUAAGCUUGUGGGCUUGUGGAAGUCGAUUAAUGGAGAGGAAGCAUGCUGCCAGAUAAUUUCCAGAUGUCUAAAACAUGUUUCAAACAUGUUUUAGAACAGUAAAGACAUGUUUGACAUAUUUUCGGAACACGUUUUACACAUUUCAAACCCCUUUUUAAUGCAAUGAUAGGAUUGUUAGAUUGUCAAUUGUCAUGGCAUCCACAAGUCUAAGCACGUGCCCACCCAGCGGGGGUCUCCUGGGCCACCCCCCAGGGGCGCGCGCAUGACUGCGCUUCGCGCGCCGCGGCCCUGGAAGCAACCGCUGGGCAGCGGCCCCUCGCCCAGGCGGGCCCUCCGAGGGCGCGGGGGCGCCGUCACACGCCGUGCCUCGCGGGGCGCGCUCCCCGCAGGCGGGUGCCCGCGGCCUCCGCCUCGCUGGCUUCCCGGCUCCUCCUCGCCCUCCGCCGGGCUUCGGCCCGCGUUGGCCGGGGGGAAGCUGCGCGAAGCGGACGAGCUUUUUGUCCUGCGGGAGGGCGCGCCGUUCACAGUACUCUCGGGGGG